AGGAGUUGACGCUGGAUCCCCGGAGCAGCGGCAGCAGCAGUCCGCCGCUGCAGUCCGACAGAGCGGCCAGUCAUCAACAUCCUCCCCGCCCCCUCCUCCUCCUCCUCCUCCUCCUCCUCCUGCUCCCUCUCCUCCUUCUUCAACGUCCGCCGGUUGCUGCUGUAACGCUAUGUUGCUCGCGAGCUACGACGGUUGAGCAAACAACAAAACGGUACCCCCCCCCACCCCUCUUUCCACCGGAGCAGGCUUUACAACGGUCUUUGGAAAUCCCCGUGGACAUGAGGACGCCCGCUACGGCGACUUCUUCCAACCGGGAGGACCGGGAAUCUUGACUGGGAUCAGUUCUUAUCCCUCCCAGCAAAUGAGAAAAGAAUCAUCAUGACCGAUUUCUUGCCGCCCAGUCGCUCCUUCACUGAGGGACCUCGGCCCCUUUUGGUUUCUGGACUUAUCGACGCAGGAAUGAGAUAAUAACAUCGACCAGCUCGUGCAUGCCGCUACGACAACACCUGUAGCACCUGUAAACCCACCCUGCCUGCCUGCCUGCCCCUCCCCCGCCCUAACCCUAACCCUCCCCACUCCGAGUUCAAGUCAACGGUCAAAACAUGACGACACCGGCUCUCCUGCCGCUGUCGGGCCGCAGGAUACCCACGCUGUCGCCGGGCGCCGCCUCUUUCCCGCACCACAGGGCGACGCUGAGGCUCUCGGAGAAGUUCAUCCUCCUCCUCAUUCUCAGUGCCUUCAUCACCUUGUGCUUCGGAGCCUUCUUCUUCCUGCCGGACAACUCCAAGCACAAGCGCUUCGACCUGGGCUUGGAGGACGUGCUCAUCCCUCACAUCGACUCGCCCAAAGAGGGGAAGCACGCUUCUGGACAGGUGGUCAUACACGGACAGGGAGGACACGACGAGCACAGACACAGGGAGGAGGAGGAGAGCCUGCGGAACAAGAUCCGGGCAGACCACGAGCGAGCGCUGCAGGAGGCCAAGGAGAAGCUGAGGAUCCGCGAGGAGCUGCAGGCGGAGAUCCAGACGGAGAAGAACAAAGUGAUGGCGGACCUGAAGAAGAAGAAGGAGGCGGGGCCCCAAACCGCUGACCCCCCGUGCCCAUGCCCAAAGUGUGUGGGCGUCAACGACGGAGAGCCGCCGGAGCCCGACGCCAAGGAGAAACGAGACAAGAUCAGAGAGAUGAUGAAGCAUGCCUGGGACAGCUACCGGCAGUACGGCUGGGGUCACAACGAGCUGAAGCCCCUCGCCAAGAAGGGACACUCCACCAACAUCUUUGGCAACUCCCAGCUCGGAGCGACCAUCGUGGACGCCCUGGACACCCUCUACAUCAUGGGUCUGCACGACGAGUUCAAGGACGGACAGGAGUGGAUCGAGCAGAACCUGGACUUUGGAGUGAAUGCCGAGGUGUCUGUGUUUGAGGUCAACAUCCGUUUCAUAGGAGGACUGCUGGCCGCCUACUACCUGUCUGGACAGGAAGUGUUCAAGCUGAAGGCGGUGCAGCUUGCAGAGAAGCUUCUUCCUGCCUUCAACACCCCCACAGGAAUCCCCUGGGCCAUGGUCAACCUCAAGAGCGGUGUCGGUCGUAACUGGGGCUGGGCGUCGGCGGGCAGCAGCAUCCUGGCUGAGUUCGGGACGCUCCACAUGGAGUUCGUCCACCUCACCUACCUGACGGGGAACCCGGCCUACUACCAGAAGGUGAUGCACAUCCGGAAGCUGCUCGCCAAAAUGGACCGACCCAACGGGCUGUACCCGAACUACCUGAACCCUCGGACGGGUCGCUGGGGCCAACACCACACCUCGGUUGGAGGACUCGGGGACAGUUUUUACGAGUACCUGCUGAAGGCGUGGCUCAUGUCGGACAAGACGGACACGGAAGCUCGCAAGACCUACGACGACGCCAUCGAGGCCAUCGAGCGACACCUGAUUCGCAAAUCCAACGGCGGCCUGACGUUCAUCGGCGAGUGGAAGAACGGCCACCUGGAGAGGAAGAUGGGCCACCUGGCCUGCUUCGCCGGCGGCAUGUUCGCGCUGGGCGCCGACGGCUCGCCCGACGACAAGGCCGGACACUACCUGCAGCUGGGGGCCGAGAUCGCACACACCUGCCACGAGUCCUACGACAGGACAGUGUUGAAGCUGGGCCCGGAGGCCUUUAAGUUCGACAGCGGCCUGGAGGCGGUGGCCGUGCGGCAGAACGAGAAGUACUACAUCCUGCGGCCGGAGGUCAUCGAGACCUACUGGUACAUGUGGAGGUUCACCCACGACCCCAAAUACCGGCAGUGGGGCUGGGAGGCCGCGCAGGCCAUCGAUAAGUACUGCCGGGUGAGCGGCGGUUUCUCCGGGGUGAAGGACGUCUACUCCUCCAACCCGACGUACGACGACGUGCAGCAGAGCUUCUUCCUGGCCGAGACGCUCAAGUAUCUCUACCUGUUGUUCUCCAGCGACGACCUGAUGCCGUUUGAGAGUUGGGUCUUCAACACGGAGGCUCACCCGCUCCCCGUCCUCCACCUGGGCAACUUCACCCUGCCGGGCAGCGAGCCGGCUCAGCGGUAAACGGACAGAGGGGGCGGGGCCUGUUCUCCACGGGUGCCAGAAGGUCGCCACUUGUACGCCCGCUUACCUCCAAAUCCCCCCCCCCCCCUGAGAAAAAGGGUUAGAAACCCACCAACACUGGAUAAACUUACAUUCGGCUCUACAGACACUCGCCUGCUUUGUGGACUGAAGGGCGUCACCGUGGGAGACGGAGGGCGACGCCCCCCCAGAGGGCCGCUUGAGCCUCCGUCUUCUUCUUCUAUGUUUUACUCUCUGACUCCAUCUCUCCGUCUUCUCUGCUUCACUCAGGAAGACGUGUGCUGCUCAGCUGACUCUGAAGGACCCGAUACUCCCCAACCGGAGGCGUGAUUUACCUUUUUUUUCUUUUUUUUUUGGAGGAGGGGGCGGGGGGGGUUGUUGUUAUGAUUUUUAGUGUUGAUUUGAGAUUCGACCAAACCCUCGUUCAGACUUGGAGCUGCGGCUCUUGCAGUGCAUUCUGGGGGUUUCUGUGAAGGAUUACGCCGACAGAAGCGUCUUCUUCUCCUUCCUCCUCCUCUUCUUCACGGCGCUGUUGUUGAUGAGUGUGUUUCUGUGAAGGACAGCGCGCUACUGGGAACCUAACCCCCCCCCCCUCCCUCCCCUCCCCCAUUUCCACUUCCUGUCUAAUCUUCAGAUGAACUUUGACCUUCAGUUGCGAAGGGCGGGUUGUGGCGACAGCCCCCUCCUCUUCCUCCUCCUCCUCUUCCACCUUUAUCAGAAAAGAGGACCGUUGUAAGUGGAACAGCAACUACAGCGGGCCUCCUCAUCUUCACCACUCCUCCUCCUCUUCCUCCACAGCUUUCCAGCUUCUUCUCCAGUUAAGAGACGCCGCUACUGCUUUUUUCUCUGCUCUAUGACAAAAAGAAAAGUGUCUCUCUCCUGCUUCUUCUCUCCCUUCUUCUUCUUCUUCUUCUUCUUCUUCUUCUGUUGUCUUGUCACCUUCAUCAUUGAGUUGAAAUGCCCUCCGCUGUAAAUCAUGGCUUUGUGACGAAGGGAGCUGAAUAAAUGACGUCAUCCUGCUGA